UGCAGCUGGCAGCUGGCAGCUCCCGGCUAGGAGGGCUGCGGGUGGGACAUGACGUUGAUUUCCUCCCUGCUUGGCCCACCGCGAGCACCGACUCCCGUCUCCUUGCGGCCGUGGGGCUGCAGACGUAGCAGUAUGACCACAGGCUGGAAAGGACCCUCCUGUCCAGUGUGAAUCCUUGAUGCAGCCCUGAGAACUUCUGAAAUUUCCAGAGAAUUUGGAUGCAAGUGGACAUUCACCAGAGACUCUGUGGGCCCUAUGCUCUUAUCCACUGGGCGGAGCUCGAGUGUGGAUCACUGGAGAGGACCACUGGGCAUCACUGCAGCUGCAAUGUUUAGAUCUGAUUGGAGUUGGAGGGUGAAAGAAAAUGAAUUCUUUUUCUGAUUUACCUGCAGAGAACUUAACCAUUGCAGGCAAUAGGACCGAGACUUUGUCCUCAACAGUAACACAUGGAUUUAAUUCCACUAAUGACUCACCUUCAAUGUCAAUAACAAGGCUUUUUCCAGCCUUACUAGAAUGCUUUGGCAUAGUCCUUUGUGGCUACAUAGCAGGAAGGGCCAAUGUCAUAACAUCAACGCAGGCCAAAGGACUGGGAAAUUUUGUCUCCAGAUUUGCACUUCCAGCUUUAUUAUUCAAAAACAUGGUUAUACUUAAUUUUUCCAAUGUGGAUUGGGCUUUCCUAUAUAGUAUCUUAAUUGCCAAAGGUGCUGUAUUUUUAAUUGUAUGUGUAUUAACCUUAUUGGUUGCCAGUCCUGACAGUCGAUUUAGCAAAGCUGGAUUAUUCCCUAUUUUUGCUACACAAAGUAAUGACUUUGCAUUGGGAUAUCCUAUUGUUGAAGCUUUAUAUCAAACUACAUACCCAGAAUAUCUCCAGUACAUUUAUUUGGUGGCACCAAUAUCUCUUAUGAUGUUAAACCCUAUAGGGUUUAUCUUCUGUGAAAUCCAGAAGUCGAAAGAUGCUCAAAAUGUUUCUCAAAACAAAAUAAAAAUCAUGGGACUCGGAUUUCUACGGGUAUUACAGAACCCAAUAGUAUUUAUGGUCUUCAUUGGCAUUGCCUUCAAUUUUAUUCUGGAUCAAAAGGUGCCUGUAUAUAUGGAAAAUUUUCUUGAUGGACUUGGAAAUUCUUUUUCUGGAUCAGCUCUAUUUUAUCUUGGUCUUACAAUGGUAGGAAAAAUAAAGAAACUGAAGAAGUCAGCAUUUGUUGUACUAAUUCUUCUCAUCACAGCUAAACUCCUGGUGGUACCACUUGUGGGCAGAGAAAUGGUGGAACUCUUGGACAAGGGCGACAGUGUAGUGAACCACACAAGUUUAUCAAAUUAUGCAUUUUUGUAUGGUGUCUUUCCUGUAGCACCAGGAGUGGCUAUCUUUGCAACACAGUUCAACAUGGAAGUAGAGAUUAUAACCUCAGGGAUGGUAAUAAGCACGUUUGUGUCUGCGCCGAUCAUGUAUGUUUCUGCCUGGUUACUGACCUUUCCCACUAUGGACCCUAAGCCAUUGGCAUAUGCCAUCCAGAAUGUUAGUUUUGAUAUAAGUAUUAUCAGCUUGGUCUCCUUGAUCUGGUCGUUGGCUAUACUUCUUUUGAGUAAGAAAUAUAAACAGCUUCCUCAUAUGCUUACAACUAAUUUACUCAUUGCUCAGUCUAUUGUCUGUGCUGGAAUGAUGAUAUGGAAUUUCGUUAAUGAAAAAAAUUUUGUUGGACAAAUUCUGGUGUUUGUUCUAUUGUACUGCUCCCUCUAUAGCACCUACCUGUGGACAGGCCUUCUAGCAAUUUCUUUGUUUCUUUUGAAAAAGAGAGAGAAUGUACAAGUUCCUGUUGGAAUCAUCAUAAUAUCUGGCUGGGGAAUUCCUGCUCUCCUUGUUGGUGUUCUUUUGAUAACUGGAAAACAUAAUGGAGAUAGCAUUGACUCAGCCUUCUUUUAUGGAAAAGAGCAGAUGAUCAUCACAGCAGUCACCCUGUUCUGCAGCAUCGCGAUAGCCAGCAUAGCACUCAUGUGCAUGAACCGCACCACCCACGCAGGCCGCUACGAAGGUUUCCACCCGUCUCAGCACCACAAAGCAGCAGAGCCUGGGAAUGCUGCUUUUGAGGAGAGUCCAGUGCCCAUAAGUGAACCCGAACUUUUUACAAGUUCUAUCCCAGAAACAAGUUGCUGUGCCUGCUCCAUAGGAAAUGGUGAAUUACACUGUCCAUCCACAGAGCCAGUAGCAAACACAAGCACCAGUGGGCGUGUGACUCCUUCAUUUGAGAAAAAUGAUCAUUGUGUGAGUCGCUGUAACUCCCAGAGCUGCAUAUUAGCCCAGGAAGAAGAACAGUAUCUACAGAGUGGAGACCAGCAACUGACUCGACAUGUGUUGCUGUGUUUACUUCUCAUUAUUGGCAUGUUUGCUAAUCUUUCCAGUUGUUUAUGGUGGCUGUUCAACCGAGAACCUGGAAGACUAUAUGUUGAGUUACAGUUUUUCUGUGCUGUGUUUAACUUUGGCCAGGGAUUUAUUUCCUUUGGAAUCUUUGGAUUGGACAAACAUUUAAUCAUCCUACCUUUCAAAAGAAGACUUGAAUUCCUAUGGAACAAUAAAGAAACAGCAGAAAACAGGGAUUCUCCUGUUCCUGAGGAAAUAAAAAUGACCUGUCAACAGUUUAUCCAUUAUCACCGUGACCUCUGUAUGCGAAACAUUGUCAAGGAAAGAAGGUGUGGUGCAAAGACUUCUGCUGGGACCUUCUGUGGCUGUGACCUGGUGAACUGGCUAAUUGAAGUCGGCCUUGCCUCUGACCGUGGUGAAGCUGUGAUAUAUGGAGACAGACUGGUACAAGGGGGAGUCAUCCAACAUAUCACCAAUGAAUAUGAAUUUCGGGAUGAGUACUUGUUUUACAGAUUUCUUCAAAAGAGUCCUGAACAGAGUCCUCCCACUAUUAAUGCAAGUACUCUCCAACAGGAAAGAUAUAAAGAAAUUGAGCAUUCAUCCCCAUCCCCUGACACCUAAAUUAUAAAGGAGACAACUCCACACAGAGUCAUAUUCUAUCCCCACAUCUGUUACUUAUUAGCUGUGUGACCUUGGGCAAAUCACAACCUCUCUGAGCCUCAGUUGCCUCUUCUGUAAAAUUUGACGAGAUGUAUUCCCACCCCAUGCUAACAUUCUGUGAUUUUAUGUGUAUAUAAAACACACAGGAAACUGACUUAGGAAAAAGAGAAAACCAAAUCAGAAUUUAAAGUUCUGAUAAUGAACACAAAAAUUACUCUAAACUAAUUACACCAACAUUUUAAAACAUUGCUCCCUGCAACUGUUUGUUAUAAUUUCAAAAUCAAUAUCUAAUGUACUAUUCCUUUGAAUUGCCAAAUUUGGCAGGUGUACUACUGGCAGGAAAUGGACCUUACAUUAUGACUACUUUGCACUUACUGAUAGCACCUUCUAAAAAAGAAUCUUAAUGAUUCUAAUAAGAGGCCUUCUUAUUCUAUUUUUCCCAUUUCCUUGACAAAUAGUACUCAUUAAAAACUAGAAGCAGUAUUCCUUUUAAGGUUCACCUUGUCUUGCUUUUCUAUCCAAAGUACUAAUCAGUGCCAUUAGGAGGGGAAUAAGAACCUCCAUAAACAUUAUUUGCAAAAUCCAUCAACAGAAGUAUAGUCUAAUCUUUAACUUUUGUACUAAAAAUAACAAUUUGAGCAGAUUCGUUUAAAUUUUAUCAACAAAAUUAUUGCUGUGUGAUGUAUCAUUUCUGGUGUUUGCAGAAAGCUUCACCGUGCAGGAGAACUCUGUUACCUUAUUCCCUACCGUUAAAAAGAAG